UAUGACAGGAUUUCUGUACUGUCAGGGGAAGACUAGAGUUUGAACCCUGAAACGUUCAAUGUAUUGCCAGCCGAUAUGUAGCAGUUUGCAGUCCCCUGUUAGUGCUGUAAGGAUUCUACAGCACUGGUAAGCAAACUCUUAAUGCAUAUUCUUAUUCACCUGCACUCAAGUCGUUUGUUGUUAUGUAGCAGUUUUAUACUGUGUAGACAAUACGCUCUAACGAACUUAUUGACACAAGCAGAUAACAUAAUGGUAAAGCUAAAUUAGCUGUUAUCUAAAUGUAUAAAAGAUACAACUAUACGUGGCAUGAGGGCAAGACAUGACUUUCAGGUCAAUAAAGUAUUUUUUACGGUCUAGAGGUGAAUAGUUGAAAAACCAAGUUACUUUUGUCCUCUUUCUCCUCUCAGUGGAGAGAUGCAUUCCAGCUGUCCCCGGGGAGGCCUCUCGUUUCUAAGUCUGGUGUCAUUACUCCUGCUCCUUGCCGCACCAUCCUGCCAUGGAGGAAAAGUCCUGGUCUUCCCUGUAGAUGGAAGCCACUGGGUCAACAUGAAGGUGCUCAAUGUUGUGUCUAGCUGUUCUGUUAACUUACCCAACAUUCCCUGCUUAUUCCCUGCUGAUGCCGGGAAUCCAACCAGGAUCAGGGAAUUUUUUGAAAAAGCGACCAGAUUUUUGCUACCAUAGUACAGUAUCUAUGUCUUGACUAUACAAUGAGUGUACAAAAAAUUAGGAACACCUGCUCUUUCCAUGACAUAGACUGACCAGGUGAAUCCAGGUGAAAGAUAUGAUCCCUUACUGAUCUCACCUGUUAAAAUCCACUUCAAUCAGUGUAGAUGAAGGGAAGGAGACAGGUUAAAGAAUGAUUUUAAAGCCUUGAGGCAAUUGAGACAUGGAUUGUGUAUGUGUGCCAUUCAGAGAGUGAAUGGGCAAGACAAAAUAUUUCAGUGCCUUUGAACAGGGUAUGGUAGUAUGUGCCAGGCACACCUGUUUGAGUGUGUCAUGAACUGCAACUUACUGUUUACUUAGUUACAUUUGACCAAAUCACUCCAGUUACAUAGAUUUACAGUGGCUUGCGAAAGCAUUCACCCGCCUUGGCAUUUUUCCUAUUUCGUUGCCUUACGACCUGGAAUUAAAAUUGAUUUUUGGGGGGUUUGUAUCAUUUGAUUUACACAACAUGCCUACCACUUUGAAGAUGCAAAAUAUUUUUUAUUGUAAAACAAACAAGAAAUAAGACAAAAAAACAGAAAACUUGAGCGUGCAUAACUAUUCAUCCCCCCAAAGUCAAUACUUUGUAGAGACACCUUUUGCAGCAAUUACAGCUGCAUGUCUCUUGGGGUAUGUCUCUAUAAGCUUGGCACAUUUAGCCACUGGGAUUGUUGCCCAUUCUUCAAGGCAAAACUGAUCCAGCUCCAUCAAAUUGGAUGGGUUCCGCUGGUGUACAGCAAUCUUUAAGUCAUACCACUGAUUCUCAAUUGGAUUGAGGUCUGGGCUUUGACUAGGCCAUUCCAAGACAUUUAAAUGUUUCCCCUUAAACCACUCGAGUGUUGCUUUAGCAGUAUGCUUAGGGUCAUUGUCCUGCUGGAAGGUGAACCUCCGUCCCAGUCUCAAAUCUCUGGAAGACUGAAACAGGUUUCCCUCAAGAUUUUCCCUGUAUUUAGCGCCAUCCAUCAUUCCUUCAAUUCUGACCAGUUUCCCAGUCCCUGCCGAGGAAAAACAUCCCCACAGCAUGAUGCUGUGGGGAUGGUGUUCUCGGGGUGAUGAGAGGUGUUGGGUUUGCGCCAGACAUAGCAUUUUCCUUGAUGGCCAAAAAGCUCAAUUUUAGUCUCAUCUGACCAGAGUACCUUCUUCCAUAUGUUAGUGGAGUCUCCCAUAUGCCUUUUGGCAAACACCAAACGUGUUUGCUUAUUUUUUUCUUUAAGCAAUGGCUUUUUUCUGGCCACUCUUCCUUAAAGCCCAGCUCUGUGGAGUGUACGGCUUAAAGUGGUCCUAUGGACAAAUAUUCCAAUCUUUGCUGUGGAGCUUUGCAGCUCCUUCAGGGUUAUCUUUGGUCUCUUUCUUGCCUCUCUGAUUAAUGCCCUCCUUGCCUGGUCCGUGAGUUUUGGUGGGCGACCUUCUCUUGGCAGGUUUGUUGUGUUGCCAUAUUCUUUUCAUUUUUUAAUAAUGAAUUUAAUGGUGCUCUGUGGGAUGUUCAAAGUGUCUGAUAUUUUUUUUAUAACCCAACCCUGAUCUGUACUUCUCCACAACUUUGUCCCUGACCUGUUUGGAGAGCUCCUUGGUCUUCAUGGUGCCGCUUGCUUAGUGGCGUUGAAGACUCUGGGGCCUUUCAGAACAGGUGUAUAUAUACUGAGAUCAUGUGACAGAUCAUGUGACACUUAGAUUGCACACAUGUUGACUUUAUUUAACUAAUGCUGUGACUUCUGAAGGUAAUUGGUUGCACCAGAUCUUAUUUAGGGGCUUCAUAGCAAAGGGGGUGAAUACAUAUGCACGCACCACUUUUCCGUUAUUUAUUUUGUAGAAUUCUUUGAAACAAGUAAUUUUUUUCAUUUCACUUCACCAAUUUGGACUAUUUUGUGUAUGUCCAUUACAUGAAAUCCAAAUAAAAAUCUAUUUAAGUUACAGGUUGUAAUGCAACAAAAUAGUAAAAACGCCACGGGGGAUGAAUACUUUUGCAAGUUGCCAUAACUGCAGGCAACAUAGUGUGCAUACAGACGCUGGUGAAUAUAAAGCAGGAUUCCUUACUGAUACUUUGAUUGAAUAUAAAGCAUGUUACUUGCAAAAGGCACUGUAUAUUAUGAUAUAUUAUGUCGCAGGGCUUGACAUAAAGGGCUGCCGGGGGAGGUUAAUGGAAAGUCUCCGGCCAGUCAGUCAUCCACGUCAGUUGCCCGCUUGAAAAAAAAAUAAUAAUAAAAAAAAAAAAAAAAAAAAAAAAAAAAAAAUAUAUAUAUAUAUAUAUAUAUAUAUAUAUAUAUAUAUAUAUAUAUAUUGUAAUGAUGCUAUUUUCAAUCUAGGCUAUAUAAUUGAUGAAAUAACAUAUGACUUCCCGAAGCUAUUAGUUCGUUAUGUAGAUUAUUUAUCACAUAACAAAAUGUGGAAAACGUCAAGAUGUCUGAAUACUUUCCGAAUGCACUAUAUAUAUAUAUAUAUAUAUAUAUAUAUAUAUAUAUAUAUAUAUAUUAUUUAUUUAUAUAUUUUCCAUGUGCGCCACACACAGCCUUAGCAGAAUAAGCUGUAUGUACACAGUGGUGUAAAGUAACUUAGUAAAACUUGUUUGGAGUACUACUUAAGUAUUUUUUGGGGGGUAUCAGUACUUUACUUUACUAUUUAUAUAUUUGACAACUUUUACUUCUACGCCACUACGUUCCUAAAGAAAAUAAUGUACUUUUUACUCUAUACAUUUUCCCUGACACCCAAAAGUACUCGUUUCAAUUCGAAUGCUCAUGCAGGACAGCAAUAUGGUCCAAUUCACGCACCUAUCAAUAUAACGCAUUGUCAUCCCUACUGCCUCUGAUCUGGCGGACUCACUAAACAAAAAUACUGCAUUUGUAAAUUAUGUCUGAGAGUUGGAGUGUGCCCCUGGCUGUCCGUACAUUAAAAAACAAUUAAUAUAAGGAAUUUUAUGUAUAGCAUUUACUUUUUACUUUUACUCAAGUAUGACGUUUGAAUACUUUUUCCACCAAUGUACUUAAGUACAUUUAAAAACAAACUUUUAGACUUUUACUCAAGUAGUAUUUUGCUGGGUGACUUUCACUUGAGUCAUUUUCUAUUAAGGUAUCUUUACUUUUACUUAAGUAUGACAAGUGAGUACUUUUUCCACCACUGGCUGCACACUGUAUCCUACAGCAGGCUACAGAAACACCACUAGUCAAACACAAUGGUCUCUUGCUAGGUGUGCAAUUGAAUUCCCGAGUGGCACAGUGGUCUAAGGCACUGCAUCGCAGUGCUAGCUGUGCCACUAGAGAUCCUGGUUCGAAUCCAGGCUCUGUUGUAGCUGGCCCGCGACCGGGAGACCCAUGGGGCGGCGCGCAAUUGGUCCAGGGUAGGGGAGGGAAUGGCCGGCAGGGAUGUAGCUCAGUUGGUAGAGCAUGGUGUUUGCAACGCCAGGGUUGUGGGUUCGAUUCCCACAGGGGGCCAGUAUGAAAAAAUACAAAAAUAAUGUAUGCUCUGGAUAAGAGUGUAAAUGUAAUUAAAGGGCAACUACACACAAAUGCAGAGUUUUUAAUAGUUUAUCUCUGAGCUUCACUGAUGCUGGUCAUGCUGCUGGCAGGGUUAAAUAAUACAUUAAUGUCAAAUCAAUCUGUUUUUUUUUGCUGUCACAGAAUACCAAUAGUUGUAAAAAAUUACCAAACUAAAUUUGUAACUAGUACUUAAGUAGUUUUCUGACCAGGUACUUUUUCUCUUACUUGAGUAGUUUCUUACUUUUACUUAAGAACGGAUUUUCUGUACUACACCCACCUCUGCCAGUACCAGUAGGCAUUUACCAUAUGGUGUGCUGCAGAGGUUUUGCGAUUUUCAAAUGGUCACAACCGAAUUAAUCAGGGCACACCUCACCACACCACACCAAAUGGGAGCAAAAGUACCUUAAAAUCUGUUGAAGAACGGUGUGCACCGUUUUUGGGGAAACGUGUAAUUCUGUACAAACCAUCACACAACGUAAAAACAGUUGAGGCGAACUCAAUGCACUCCUGGUCUCUUUCUGCAAAACAUCUCUCUAUUUUUCAGUGUUCUUCAAUUCCGGUCCUGGAGGGCGAAAACAGGGACUAAUUCAGACCUGGGUCACCAGGUGAAUGAAAAUAACUAGCAGGUAGAAACAAAACCCAGAAGUGUUUUGGCCCUCCAGGACCGGAGUUGAAGAACCCUGUAACUCAAUGAGACAAUUGUGUAUACUGAGCUCACAUAUGCAAUUGUUUUAAGAUGGUCAUACCAUGGAUCAUUUAGCUAAUUGAUGUUGAAUUAUAGGACACCUUUAGGUAUAAAAAAUUUUUUGGGGAUAAAAUGUUGAAUUUGGCCUAUACUACUAUAGCCCAGAGAAACGCACUUAAUGACAUUCAUGAAGGCAAAAAGACAGCAAAAAAAUUAAUCAUAGUAGAUGUAAGAAAGUCCAGGAAAAAUGUUAGUUUUUUUGGACACAUAUUGAACCCUUUAUUUUUGUUGGCACAAAAUCACCUCCAUACUUCCAUUUGUUUGUAUAGGUUAGCUUCAGACGAGUCCCGUGACACUUAUGGGGGCGGUGGAGCAAAACAGUUCGUAGAGCGGUCAUCUUUCCAUAGAGCGGUCAUGUGAGUUUGUAGGUCAAACCGUUGGGACGCUACAGAAGUUUUCGUGAGAAGACCAAUUUCUGGAUGUCUCAUGGUCUGACAAACAUCGCUGUAGCUCGGCCACCUUCCACCGCAAAUGCGGAAGGCUGACACAGGCGGAUGCGGUGGAUUGAGCCGCAGCUCAAUUCACUGACAGAUUUGGAUGUUUUUUCUUUUUCUUGUGUUACUUAGAUUGACACCUUUUAAAGGAUUAAAACCUUUAAAAAGGCACAGUGUUGACAGCGCUCUACAACAGUGGUUAUCCCACUGGCUAUAGGGUGAAUGCACCAAUUUGUAGUCGCUCUGGAUAAGAGCGUCUGCUAAAUGACGUAAAUGUGCCCUUGAGCAAGGCACUUAACCCUAAUUGCUCCUGUAAGUCGCUCUGGAUAAGAGCGUCUGCUAAAUGACGUAAAUGUGCCCUUGAGCAAGGCACUUAACCCUAAUUGCUCCUGUAAGUCGCUCUGGAUAAGAGCGUCUGCUAAAUGACUAAAAUGUAAAUGUAAAAUCAAUGCGUAGGUGCUGAUCAAGGAGCUCCAUGCCAGAGGCCACACCAUCACAGUGGUCAGACCCUCUACCAGCUGGUACAUCACUGAGGAGUCACCUCUGUACACCUCCAUCACCCUCCAAGAGAAAGAAUCCUUAUACAACUUCUUCGAGACCUUCCUACAGAAGAACCUGAAGGUAUAUGUCUCCAUCACGUAGCUACAGAAGCACAUGAAGUUACGUGUCUUUAUCACUAGAUUGACUGGAAAAGCGCAUCAUUGUGUCAAAUUAUCCUUUAAGAGAAUCAUUGGUUGAUUGAUUAAUUGACCCUUCCAGCUAGCAAUUCAUGACGUGCCUACAGAAGCACAUGAAGGUAUGUCUUCAUAACGUGCCUUCAGUAGCACUUGAAGGUUUGAUGUGUCUUUAUGACUGGUUGAUCCAUCUAUCCAGCCAGCAGCCAAUCAACCAUCCAGCAAGCCAGUCAGACAGCCAUCUAUUUUGCCAAACAGGCGUUCAAUCUCUGUUUAAUCUCUUCAUUCAGGCUCAGAGAGAGGGGGCAUCGGCUCUGACGUUCUUCAAACUAACCAAGGAGUUCCUCAGCAUGAUAGAAGAAGCCCACUUCCUGAGCUGCGAGACGCUGGCUCGAAUGUUCGAAGACAAGGAGCUGAUGAAGAGUCUUCAGGACGCUCAGUAUGACAUGAUGCUCACCGACCCUGCCAUCGCUGGAGGGCUGCUGGUGGCCCACUACCUCAAACUGCCUGUGGUGCUCAACGCCCGUUGGAUCACCAGUGGGGAGGGCCACUUUGCCAUCGCCCCCUCUCCCCUCUCCUACAUCCCCGUCCCAGGGUCUGGGUUCACUGACAAGAUGACCUUCGUCCAACGGGUCCAAAACAUGCUGUACUACAGCAUCAUCGUGUUUCAGCAGAGGUUCAUGGUUGGGCCGAGUUAUGACGCAAUUUGCGCCAAGUACUUCGAAGGGGGCUGUGAUAUCAUCUCUUUAAUCCAGGAGGCUGACAUCUGGCUGAUGAGGUCUGACUUUGUGUUUGACUUCCCCCGUCCCACCAUGCCCAACGUCAUCUACAUGGGGGGGUUCCAGUGCAAGCCGGCCCAGCCCCUGCCUCCAGAGCUGGAGGAGUUUGUCCAGAGUGCCGGGGAGCAUGGGGUGAUCGUCAUGUCUCUGGGGACUCUUGUCAAUGCACUUCCUGUUGAUAUCACAGACCAGAUCGCCAGUGUGUUCGCCAAGCUCCCUCAGAAGGUGUCCUGAUUGUUUUUGAUUAUUAACAUUUACAUUUAAAGCUCUCUGCAAUGUAAGUGAUGUAAAUGAGAGGUUAUUUAAACAGAAAGUAAUGUCUUCUUUUAUCUAAGGUGAUCUGGAGGCACCUGGGCAAGAUUCCAUCCACUCUGGGGAACAACACCCUGCUGGUGGACUGGAUGCCCCAGAAAGACCUCCUGGGCCACCCCCAGACCAGAGCCUUUGUGGCCCAUGGAGGAACGAACGGGGUCCAGGAGGCAAUCUACCACGGCACUCCAGUGCUGGGGAUCCCCCUGUUCUUCGACCAGUAUGACAACCUUCUGCGUCUGCAGGAGAGAGGCGCUGCCAAGAUCCUGGAGCUGGCAAGCGUCAACGGACCCAGUUUCCAGCAGGCUCUGAACCAGGUGCUCACCCACGCCUCCUACAGGGAGAACAUGCAGAGGCUGUCCCGUCUGCACAUGGACCAGCCCAUCAAGCCAAUGGACAACGCCAUCUUCUGGUUGGAGUUUGUGAUGCGUCACAAGGGGGCGUCUCACCUGCGUACGUCAGCCUACAGGAUGCCCUGGUACUCGUACCACUCGGUGGACGUGCUGCUGCUGCUGCUGGCUGCUGGGGGAGGAGUCCUGCUCUUCGCUGGGCUCCUGAUCAGGAUCCUCUGGAGAACCUGCCGGAGGAACAGGAACAAAACCAAACAACACUGACACUAGUAGCAGAAUCGCAUUACUGGAAACCAAGGCAGGCCUGGUUGUAGCUAGCUAUGUAGCUAUGUUUAGGUCGCGUUUGGGACAGUUCAAGCAUUUUAGCUAACCGUAACCCUUUUCCUAACCUUAACGUAGUUCUCCUAACCUACAACAUGAAUUAUCUUAAACCGCUGCGUAAGUUCUCCUAACCUGCUACGAAAAGUAACUUCCGUUAGCCAAAAUGAGCCGGUCUGCCCUGAGAGCAGUGUUAGUAUCCACUAAUGGGAUACAGCCCAUUAAAUGUUCUUUAAUCUAUAUAUAUCUAUACUUAUAUCAAGAACAUCAAACAAUUUAUUGAAACCUACAACAACCAUGUAACCACAGAGUCUUCAGAAAGUUUUCACACCUCUUGACUUUUCCCACAUUUUGUUGUUAUAGCCUGAAUUUUAAAUAGAUUACAUUUAGAUUUUUUUUUGGUCACUGGCCUACACACAAUACCC